UUUUUAAUGAAAUUGCCUUCUGAAUCAGCCAGCUCUCUAAUUACCAGAUUGAAUGAUUGAAAUUUUUAGGGCAAUUAAAUUCAAGCCUUUCUUUUCCAGUCCUUAUGUUAUUCCCCCCUUCUCUCCCUCCCCUCUCCAGUCUGGAGCCUUUCUAUAAUUUGGAGGCAGUUGCAGAAGCAAGCAGACCUUUAAAGCCAAGAUGUAUGUCUCCCUUAAUUCCUCUGUGGAUUUGUUUUAUAGACUAAGCAGAGAGGGUUCUGGUCUCUCAGUACAUGUGCAUUACCAAUACACAGUAUUGUGGGGGUUUUAUCCUAACAUGUCACAUCAUUAAAAAAUGGCUUGGAAGAAUUCAUUUAAUGUAGAAAUUCUGUGAAAAGACAAAGAUCAAUGUAGAAAAUAGAAGCACUAUUGGAAAAUGCCUGCAGAUCAAGCUAGAAAACUAAGGAGCAAAUUGCUGAUAAUAAUCAUGAUUGAUGAUAUACUAGAUAAGAGAAAACAAAACUCUCAAAGAAACAGUACAAAGCAUCUGUUAAUACAGCUGUUAGGACAAACACAUGAAAUAGUUACAUGAAAAGAUAAGUAUCCUUCCAAAAAAGGGCACAGCAGUCACAGGACGGAAUCCCAGGCCUAGUGAGGUCCAUGACAAAGUGGCUGCUCGUAUGGCUCUUGUGCCAGGAUUAGAGCGCUGAUCCUGCAAAACGUGUAACCACGUUCUUAAAUGUAAGUAUGUGAUCAGUUAUAUUGAUUUCAGUGGGACUAUUCCCUCCCUGAAAUUAAACACAUGCUCAACAGAUUUGCUGGAUCAGGACCUAAACCAGUGAAUAUGGUAAGUCUUUGUCCCAUUGCUUACAGGAAACCUUUGAAAUUCCAUUCCAUUUUCUUCAAAAGCCUUAUUCUGACUUUUUCAGCUUACCAAACUCAGUCUGAAAUACAAAGAUGGGUCUGCUAUCCCCCCAGGCAGUUACAGGCUCCAAAAAAGGCAAAGAAGAGGGUAGAAGGUGGUUCCAAUGUAUUCUCUAUGUUUGAACAAACCCAGAUCCAGGAGUUCAAAGAGGCUUUUACCAUCAUGGAUCAGAACAGGGAUGGCUUUAUUGACAAAGCAGACUUGAGAGACACAUUUGCUGCACUAGGUCGUCUGAAUGUCAAGAAUGAAGAGCUAGAAGACAUGGUGAAGGAGGCGCCAGGUCCCAUUAACUUCACUGUCUUCCUUACUAUGUUUGGGGAAAAGCUGAAAGGCACGGACCCAGAAGAAACCCUUCUGAAUGCUUUUAAGAUUUUCGACCCAGAAGGAAAAGGCCACAUAAAGGCAGACUACAUCAAAGAAAUGCUUAUGACACAGGCAGACCGGUUCAGUCAAGAAGAGAUCAACCAGAUGUUUGCUGCUUUCCCUCCAGAUGUCUCUGGUAAUCUUGACUAUAAGAACCUCUGUUACGUUAUCACCCAUGGUGAGGAGAAAGACUAAGAGGAAAGAGAUGAGCUUCUACUGUGGAGGAGCCUAUACACCAAAUUAUUUCAUAGUGCUUUUGUGUGCAAGAUAAAGGAAUAAACAUUCAGUAUGUGAAGCUGUGUCGUCAUCAGAAGAGAACCAAUAAAACAAUUGAAAUUAGAUUAAAGUCAUUUAAUGCUCCUGUUUUUAUAAAAGCUGAAAAUGCCAAUUUUGUGAGUUUUUCCCAUCCUUUUUUUCCUGUCGGUGGUUUGAAAUGGAAUUUUCUUGAUGAA